AUUCAGUUCCAAUUCAUCCAGCCAUGCAGUUACUUCCUUAAGCUUCAUAGGAAUUAAAAAUGAUCCUGGAGAAAAUAUUAACUCAAAUUCAUAAAUAGCUGGUCUGUGCUUAUGUGAGAAAAAAACAACCAACUGGAGCAAUUCGGUACAAGGUUUGUGUCUGGUUCUAUCCAACGUCAGAGUGUGUCUAAAUAAAAAUAAGACAACAAAAAAGCAAAAUAUUAGUGAUUGCAAGAUGAUAGACAGAAUGCACAAAAAGCAAGAAAGUCAUUUAAUUGGAUUGAAGCAAGUCAAAUAAUUAUAACGUUAAAAAAAUCCAACGAACCAUAACAUUUUCAUGGAGUUACAUUUUGUAAAUUUGGACGCAUUAUAAUGUGCAGACCUUGGCUCAUGUACAGGGAAAUAUAAUCCACAUCUUUUCUUGGCUGGUUUGGGGGCAAAAACGAUCUAGAUUUGGCCAGUAAACAAGGAAUAUUUUCAGUCCAGUCUCGCAGAGGGCGCCGUUUGCGAAACCGGAAAACAUUUGCGGAACCGGUCAAAGCACCGACCUCUACAAAAUGUCCUGGCAAAUUUCUCUUUCAAACGAUCACAGAAAACUAUUCAUAUCAUGAAGUAGGUGAGUAAUUUGCGCAUAUUUAUAGAUAGGUAGCUUCCUGUGAAAGCGCGUUUUUUCGCCACAAGACGCUUCAGACGAUUUGCGAUUGCGGAACCGGUCAAACGACUGUAUCGUCAAAGCGAAAGCUCUCGACGUCUACGGAAACCCGGGGAAUUUCCAGCUUUCCAAAAAUGGAAACUGUUGUCAUUUCACGUGAUUUGAGGCAUCGCUCCUGGAGAAUCAAGGGACAGCGCUGGCUUCAGUCGGAAAUCUUCAGAUCGAAAGCAGCGCUCUUCGCAGACGGUUGUCCAAAUUUGGCCAAACGAGUCUGGUUGAACUUGAAUUUUUGCACAGAACAUUCAGCCUGCACUCACUUGAACAGGAGAAACAGCAUCAAACUAUUGACGGACCACAGCAUUACAAAUCAGCGAGCACUUUUCAUCCCUUCAUCAUAUUAGCAAUAAAUUGGAAGACAGAGCAGAAUGUUGGGGGAGUAUCCAGACGAAACAGACGGCAAAAACCACAACAGCUCACGGCUGCAGAAACUGCAGCGCAGAUUGCGCAGAGUAAUGCCUGGUCACCAGUCUCACUCAGCAAGCAAAGACGGGUCCGCGGGGCCGGGGAGUAAACGAGACAGUGCGGUCUCCACUUCGUCUGAGUUGUCAGAGAUGGAAGGAGGCCUAGAGAUGACAGCCAUGGCUUACUGUACGAGUUGUACCAUGUCAGCUACCAGCCAAUGUGACAAAGAUUCGGAUAAGAAACCAGCAGAUAAAACCAUCGUCCACAUUGUGUCACCACAACUUGGACUUCUGAGGGUCACCGACACCCCCGUCGAGACUGGCAAUCCAGUCUACAAAGUGGACUGCAAGGGAAAAGUCGGCAAUCUAAACACGAACAUUGCCUUCUACUUUUUGGGCGACACACAGUGUUUCUUCCACGUGCUAGACCCAACGAAGUCCUACCCACAAGCUGCUACAGAAGGCGUACCAUUGGAGGAGUACACGCACAGACUUUGCCUCUUCAAAAAAAAAGACGGCAGUUGCGUCCUUGCGGCACACAAAGCGGUGUGCGCUACCCCACCAUUUAAUGACGACCCCGACGCCCUCAUCAGUGUGUGCUACCACACCUCCAAGGGGGGUAAGGUUACGCUGCAGGCCAACAGCUGCCCCAGUCGGACCACGGACGGGAUGUUGUGGGGGGCCGACGGGGACGGUGAAGUGAGCCUUUUCCACAAGUCCAACUUCCCCGGCUACUGCACCAACCCCUUCACACUGUUCUACAUGUAUGAUGAGGUGGAGAAUCCCAAUGAACAGCGCGUCGAUUUGAAGAGAACAAAUGGAGAAGUGUAAAGAUGUUUCUGUUUUUCAAGAUUGUUCUGAGCAUGUGGGGUAUGGAUGCUGAGAUUUUUUGAGACCGAUUGGAGAUUUAGUAAUUAACUAUGAGUUAUAUUUGCAUGGAGCAGUAAAUGGAGAAGCCAGUAAAAAGAAGAAAGAAAAACCACAGUUUUGUAAAGCUGUAAACAACGUUCAGCAUACAUAAGUCCUGUCGUCAUUGAAAACGGCUUUUCCUGAAAAAAGAAGUAACAUUUUUGCCUUUGUUAUUUUAGAUGGAGGUUUUUUCCAUUUUGGUAGCCACUGAUUUGGCUGUUGUAGAAUAUUUAGUGAAUUUAAUUGUCCAUAGUUUUUUUCAUCACCGGUUGACAGAAACUAGGCUUGUGACAUAGCCACUGGACAGUACUUAUGUCGAGUCAAAACAAAAGUGUAAAUGUUUUAUAUUGGUGCUUUGCUGAUUAUGUCCAUGGAAGAAUUUGUUUUUGCUUUGUUCUUUCCCGAUGACAAACCCACCCCAAGUUAAGUGUCAAACUAAAUUGGAAACAAGCUCCACAAGCUUUUUGGCGAUUCAUUUUUUGAUAAAUUGAUCUAUGAAGGCUCCAUCCUUGAUGUUUUUUUUAAACAAUCACGAUUUUUAUUGAAAAACCCAAUAUCUGACAGAACUCCAACAUUCAUGUAAGUCGAUGUGUCUAUUCAGACCGUACAGUGUGGCGUCGCAGUGGCUACGCAUUGUUGUGCAUUGUUGCCCAAGCGUGCAGUGGGGGAACCUAUUGUGACUGUCAUUACAUUGCAUGUAAAUAUAAAAAAGCUAUGAAAAAAUGCUGUACAGUUAUAUGUGCAUAUGAUGUAAAAAAAAUAUUCAACUUAAUUUAAACAAGUCUGUAGUGUUAAAGCAUUGAGGUUAUUAGACCACAUACAUGUUCCAAGUUGUGCAAGCCCCCACAAAAAUGUAGAUUUAAAAAAAAAUGCCACUUUUACUUUUGAAGGUGCUGCGUGAGAAAAUUUAAUUUGAUAUUCACCAAAUUUAGAAAAUGUUCGGAUUGAAACUUUCCAUUUGUUAAAUGCCUGGUGAACUUAUUGGAAAAUGAAACUCGAUAUGUUUCGGCACGCGUGCCAGCAACCACAGACGCAUUGAAUGUCGAGGUUUCCUUUUUUUUUACACCGAAUACUGAAACCGAAAUGUAUGUGUAACCAAUAUUGACAUUGGUUUCCUUUGGGAUUUUGUGUAAAAAGGGAAAACACGGGGCUUAGCGCAUGCUGUGUGAUAAUUAUCCACACAAUGUUGUUUCACUUGCAGACUCCAUAUGAAUGUAUUUUCUAAGAAAGUACAAACGAUGUUGUCUUUUAUAAAGACAUGUUCAUGGCCAUUUUGUAUUUUACCUUGUUAGAAUCCAAAGUAGUUUUUUAGCCACGUCAAUGUCAUUUUUGUAGCUAGUUGUCAAGUAUUGUGAACAUUUAAUGUAAACGGUUACCAACCAUAUGACCUCGGGCCACCAGUCAUUUGACCCCUGGUCACUAUGGUAACAUAAGCUUCCUUGCCUAGUGUAGAUGUAGUGCUGUGAUUGAGUAUACAAUUAGGGAUUUUAAGGAUAUUUUAUUACUAUUGCUUUGUAAAAUUAUGCGAAAAGAUUAGAGCUGUAAAAAAAAAUUAAAAAAAACUUUUUAACAAAAAUCCCAGCGACACAUUGGCUUCAAGUCAUGAUUUUAUUUUUAAAUCAAAUGUAAAACUCUAUUUUUCUAAAAUGAUAUUUGAUUUAAAAAUAUUUGAAUUGUAUAUGUUUUUUAUUUGUGUGUCUUUGUCUCCGCGGGAGAUAAGCUAUAACUGUGAAAAUAGAACAACUUUUGGGAGUAAAAACAAAUUAUUUAAGAUCCCCAACGUACCCGUGAUGAAUCCUAUAAAACCUCAGACAUCAUUGAUAUUAAUGAUAAUGGUUAGGUAUACAUUUGAAAACAUACACAGUAUAGCAUCGAUACUUAAAUAAGCAGAGAUACAUUUGUCCUAGACAAUUUACUAUAAGCCGAUUUUUUUUAGAUUAAAUUUUGCACCAUUCGAAGAAUUAAAUUACAACUCAAAGUCCGUUUGGAAUACCAAAUUUAUGACUACAUAACUCUUUUAUUUUACCAGUGCAUAAAAAGGGGGGAAAAUUAUAGUUGGCAGUAUAAACAAUAUAUUAAGUUUGCCAAAUUUUCCAAAAAUGGUUCUGUUGCUUGCAUUGGAAAAUGUACAUUGAUUUUUAGAGAUAAAAGUUUCCUU